AUGAAGUUACCCGCAGAACAGGCAGCCCACGGUGUAAUAUCAAACAAAAGCAUUAACAUGGGAGGAGGAACAGAAUGGUUCUAUUACCGAGAUAGUGGUGAUCUAGAAUCAAUGCGACAAAGGGUUAGAGCCGCAAUUGAUCCGUGGGUAGAGGCGGCUGGGAGUAGCAGCGACUUGGUUGAAUCGUCCAUUAAUCCGUGUCUUGCUCCUACUCAAGCAGGCGCAAUCAUGCCCACAAACUAUAAUUACGGGAAUUUCAACCCGCGGUUUGCCGGCGUUUACAACGCAAAGUGGCGACAAACACUCCAAGGAAAUGUAUUGCAAAUUAAAUAUAAUUGUAAAUAA